GAAAUUAAAUUCGUCAGACAAUGCGGCGGAGCUGAAGAAUUACUUGGAGGUCAUAUAUAUCGUUGCCGCUCAAUAUGACGCUACACCGGAGUAUCCGGUGACGAAGGUGUGCGGUGGCAUAGACGGUGAGCCCAAAGGGACUGAUAUUCUUGGUCGCAUACAAGCCGGCGUCAUGGCCUAUUCAGGAAACUUUUCGUGUUAUGACAUUCCGUCUUCUGAUCCCACCAACAUUGCAUGGGAUUGGCAAACUUGUACUGAAAUGGUGAUACCAAUUUGGACGGGGUACAAUAACGACACAAUGUUCGUUCCUGAUCAUUUCGACAUGAACCAAUACUUGGAAUAUUGCAACUAUUCCUACGGGGUUCAACCCCGAAUACACUGGAUCACAACUUACUACGGAGGACACGAUAUUAAAUCUAUUCUGAAGAGGUUUGGCAGUAACAUAAUUUUCUCCAAUGGUUUAAGAGACCCGUACAGCAUCGGAGGGGUUUUACAGAACAUAUCAGAUACCAUACUUGCUGUCUAUACACCAAAAGGAUCUCAUUGUUUGGAUCUGCAUGGGGCAAAGAAAACUGACCCAGCAUGGUUAACUCAACAACGGGAUACUGAAGUCAAAAUUAUACAAAGUUGGAUAACGAAGCAAUGAGUCUAAAUUUCACCCCUCAAGAAUAAAAGAGAUUCAGCAUCACAUCAUCAUAUCAAACUUAUUAUCGGAACCCAUCACCCACACUAGUGACACUACUACGUUUAUAUUGUAAUCGAUCUAUCCUUUCAAGGAGUACUUCAUUUCUUAAUCUCAAGACAAUAGUACUAAAUAAAAAUACUGAUAAAUUAAUACUUGAUUAAUGGAGCUGAGUGACUCUAUAUAUAAAUAGUACGCAGUAUUUUUGUG